AUGAUGAAAUUUAUGAAAUUAUUCAUUCAAGAUCGUGGCACAGACCAAAUCACUAUUGGAUCCCGCGUUGUGGCUACAAUGGAUGGCCAGGUCAUUCAACGUCCAGUAGGAUCGCUGAACAUCUGGGCUAUCGGCCAGGGCUUUGAAGGAUCAGCUUCUGAUUGGACAGAGUAUCUGCGCUCAAAUCUGUUUGCAAAGGCGAGAAGCCUGCAUGUCGAAUGGGGCGGCACGGCGUUGAAGGUCGAUACGCAAAACUCCCAAGAGCCGUGGAGUCACUUGAUGGCUGCUCCGGUUGAGACCAUUGGUCCUUUAGAUUUGCAGCAAGCUUCCCUGAUCCGUUUGAAACCGUUUGUCAUCAGGAUGGUCAAGCAUUCUCUCGAACUGCACAGUCCCUCAGUAAUGUACUACACUGUCCUCUGGCAAUCAGCAUGUGUUCAGGGAGACAUUCUCCGAGGGAAGGCAGCCUUUGACUUUCUCUCCAAGUCACAGCUGCCGCGUGAGAUCCUGAAGCGAAUUUGGGACAUCGCGGACUGGCAGAAGCGAGGGCUGGCUUGGGAGGAAUUUGUCGUGACCCUGCAAUUGGUGUCGUUGGAACGAGUGCUAGAGACAUCAGGGCCGACUUCGAGGGACCGGGGCCACAACUCUAGGCCAAAGUUGGUGACCAGAGGGAAGCAGGCACGAUUCCCAGGUCCUCUUGGCCAGUGCAAAUCCUGUGCUCGACGGACAGAGGAACUCACAAAGAGUGCGGGUGAUCGACUGCUGUGUCGUGCUUGUGUUCGAGCCGAAGAUGAAAUGAAACUCCAGCCUCUUUCAUCUCAAGAGCAGCAGGCUCUUGACAAAGUGUCUUCUGUGCUGGACACAGUUCCUUGGAGAUUCUGGAAGCCGGGCGAGCAACCUGCAAGGAUUUUGGACUGGCUCUUCCUUGGUGAUUUGGCUGAUGCAACGGACCUGGAGCUCCUGGACAGCCGUGGAAUCGGAGCUGUGCUCAACCUCAUUGGCUGGUGGGAGCUACAGGCUUUGCUGCCUGAGGGCACGGAUCUUGUGUCACUUUUUGGGCAACACGAUGUGGAGUACUUGGAGGCAGACUCUGAGGAUCGGCUCUUCUUCGAUAUUGUGGACAUGUCCUGGCCAUCCUGCGAGCGCUUUCUGGAGAAAUGCCAAGAUGAAAACCGGAAGGUGCUGGUAAACUGCCAGGCGGGGCACAACAGAUCUGCUUGUAUGGUGGUUUGUUGGCUAGUGCAGAGAGAAGGAUACUGUCUGCUAGAAGCACUGGAACAUGUACAAAGUCUACGUGGGACUGUGUUAUCCAACAACGGUUUUCGUUUGCAGCUUGUGCGUUUGGCACUGAAGAUGGAUCAGCUUGGAGAUUUGCCUGCGAGAGCUCGCACGCCGUUGGUUGAAAAAAAUAUCUCAGGUGAUCAACCUGUGGACCUAGGCAAGAUCAUCAACCGGAAACGGCUUAGUGUCAAAUAUGGCCACAAUUCCAAAGACUGGUCAGGCCAGUCUCUGGAAAUUCGAUGCCACCGGCAGACUUCGAUCAUAUCAGAAGAAGUGAAUGGUUUGGUGAGUCAGCGGAAAUUGUCAUUGGAGUUGGUGGCAUGUUUGACUCACUGGAAAAAGAAUUUCCUCUGUGACUACGAGUACACCGCCGAUCCGCCGGCAGUCAUUGGACGUGGUUUCAGCGGUGAUGUUGUGCUAUGUCGACGCCUGCAUGAGUUUGGAAGACCUCAAAAUCUUCGAUGCGUGAAGCGCUUUAAUUUGAAAGCCAUGAAGCCAGACCAUUUGGAAAAACUGAAGAAUGAAGCGAUAAUUUACUUAUCUUUGGAACAUCCGCAUAUUGCAAGGCUGUUUGAUGUUUAUGAGGAUGAGGAAGAGCUGAGUCUGAUCAUGCAAUACUGCAGUGGAGGCACACUCCAAGAUGCUCUUCAUAAAGAGUUUGCAGAAGAAGACUUUAAGCAAGCCGCUGUCCAAAUGCUGAGAGUCUUGAGCUACAUUCACAGUGCUGGCAUCGUCCACCGUGAUAUCAAGCCUCGCAAUUGGGUCUAUGAAGCAGAGAGGAAGGUCUUGAAACUCAUCGAUUUUGGCUUUUCCGCGAAACGGCUGAUGCUUGGGGAAGGCUUUGACCAGCUGAAGGGUUGUCUGGGCACCUUGGGCUACCUGGCCCCGGAGGUGGUCUGCAGUGCUGCAUCUGAGGAAACAUACAAUGAAACAUGCGACAUAUGGUCCCUCGGUGUUGUGUUCUUGGAGAUGUUGGGUGGAGCUGGAGUUUCAGUCUUCGAGAAGGGCAGGGGCACAUGCGAUGGCUACACAGAAGAGGUGAUUUUGCGGGACAUUCGUGAUGUCACAGAAGAGGACAUUUUGCGUCACUUGCAACUUGCACCGGAGAACUCUCGGGACUUCCUGAGGCGGUUGCUUCGGAAGGACCCAAACGCAAGGUGCUCUGCUGCAGAAGCGCUCCAGGAUCCAUACCUGAAAGAAGCGCGCGAACAGUUUCAGCAGCAGCCAAAUGCGCUUCCGAUCAGCGAGGUGAUUUCACGAUUUCGCGCAUAUGGGUCUAGUUCAGCCACAACCAGGGCUUCAAUGCUGGCAAUGGCUCGAGCUCCAACUCGGUUACCUUGGAAGGACUUUUGCGCCCUCCGUGCAACCUUUGACCUCUUCGACGCAGUGAAGCUGAGUGGCAGCAUCGACCUGGAGGCCUUCCUAUCAGUAGUCACAUCGGAGGAUGAUUUUCCAUCUGCCAGGCAAGAGGCUGUGGGGAUGUGGAAGGCUCUCUGUGGAGAGGAGGAGUCCCUCAGCUACUGCGAGUUCCUGGCAGCGCUCAUUCCUCCGAUUGAAGAUGCGUUCGAAGAUGUGAGCCGGUUGGGAGAGGCAGAGGUCAAGAUAGAGCCCAGCCUGGAUCAGAAGUGGGACCUGAACCAGCCCAUCGCAGCCUUCCUGCCACUGCUGGAUGCACGAAAUCUUCAGGAGAUGGUGUUCCCGGAAGACGAGCCUGUUUCAGAGGUGGUCCGCAGCAUGACUUGCAACCACUUCCGAUGGGUGGUAGUCCAGUUUCGCAGUGGUCGGCAGGAAUUCUUCGACUACAUGGAUUUGUGUCAUGAAAUCGUGAAGAAAGCUGACGGUCAUCAACGGAUCGCAGCUUGUCAAGUCGCACAGAUUUGUAGAAUGUCGGUCCUUGCAAAUUGCUCUGGAUAUUCCUCCUUCGUGCCUACAUCGGUCAUGACACCAUUGAAGAAGAUCUUGGAAAUGCUUGGUCGAGGAGAGGGUCGGGCAGUGAUGCAUCGCAUCCCACUGGUGGACAUGAACGGUGAACUGAUCCGAGUGUUCUCCUGCAUCGACUUCUUGAAGCUUGCUAUGUGCUUCGAUGUGCCCACAGCAGUCCUCAAGUCGAGGGAGGCAAGAACUUUUGAUCGGCGAAAUGCUGUGCUUCAGACGCUCUCUGUGCCCAACGACAAAACAGUUUUGCACGCCUUGCACAUCAUGGAUGCAGAAAGAUUGACCAUUUGUGCCGCGACUUCGUUAGAGUUGUCAGGUGAUUUGGGUGGAGCGGUGGCGGUGGGUGUGGUGGCCGUUGCAGACCUCAAGCUGGUGCUUGAAACUGAACAGUAUCAUGUGCUGGAGUACAGCAUAGAUGAGUUCCUUGCUUGGCGAAAGCACGUUGUAACCAUUGACUCUGCCAAGCUUGAUCGCCAGCGGAGUCUGGGAAGAUUCAAUGUCCAAAGAUUCAACGUGGUUUCGUGUGAUCGUCACGAGACUUUACAUGUUCUUGCCAGACAACUUCUGGCGUCAAAGCUCCAAAGGAUUUUUCUCUCCUCACAUGAAAUUGCUCGCAUCGUGGGGCUCGUCUCUUCCAGGGACAUUUUGAUUGAGGUUUUGGAUCAACUCGUACAAACAAGCACUCUGAGCUCACAGGUGGACCGAAGCCUACGGGACGGAGUGAGAGGCCAGAAAGGUCUAAGCUGAUUCGAAGAUACUCGAUGCAGAUUGGUAUUUUCGCAUUUGAAAAAUCAGGGAAAAAAAGUAGACUUGCAAAGAACAAGUCGGCCUUGUGUAGAGCACAGGUGUUACAGGACUCACGUCCUUGGUUGCGUUUCAGGUUUCAGCUUGUUCCACGUUUCGAUCGCACAGUUUCA